UUUCCUUUCUCCAAGGCAAUCAUAAUCAUAUUUUUUCCAACCCAAUUUUCUAGAGAGAGAGAGAAAAGGGGUGAAAGAAGUUGAUGAGAAGGUGGAAGUGGGAUGCUUUUUCUUUCAUUUUCUUUGAAGAAGGACUUUCUUACAUAAAUGGAAAAAAAACCCCAUUAAGGCUUAAGCUGAGCUGAAAAUAAUCUGAGGGCGGGUCAGAAAAGUGUCUCCUUCAAUACAUCAUUUUUGUUUCCUCCCUUGACUGCCCCUCCCUUUCUCUGUUUUUAGCAGGAGGAUAUUGAUUAUCUAGAGAAGAUAUUGUCUUGAGAUAGUGUCUUACUACUUCUUACCGGCCAAUGGAAAUGGAACCUUUUCAUCUGGCACCCCAAUUUGUAGGCUUUGCUUGUGUCAACCUGGAUAAUGAGUAUUAUGAUGAUAGUCACAGCGACAGAGUUCGAGAGGUGGAGAAAGAACCAUUUUGGGUGCUAUUCCUACUGUUAGUGUCUGGGGGAGGAAUUUUGGUAGGGAGGCGCUUUUGGAGGAGUGAGAUGGUGGCACCUUAUAUCCCACCUCUCCAGUCUCCACUCCCUUAAGUAUUUUACCCACGUUAAGGAUGAUAACCACGAACACAUUUCUCUUGAAAAAUUCUUUUACUGGUCCUCCUCUUGACUGACUACAACAGCACUUGCCUCGAAACUUGAUCUUUAUUUUGUUUAUUGAUCCUUUUUCAGGAUUGUGUGUAUUGAAUGCGGCUGAUUAUUUUGGAUUCGAUCUGGAUUUGAGUAGCCAUCACCAAAGGAAGUUCUUAUGGGUGAGUUUGAUGACCAUGUUGCUAUUAUUGGGGAUUGGAUGCCUCCUAGCCCAAGUCCACGAGCUCUAUUUUCGACGUUGUUGGGUGAUGAUGUUAGUUUAAGGAUGGUUGCUGAACCCACCAGUGAAAAUAAAGCUGGAUUCUCUUUUCCAGGGCCUGUAGAGCACAGUGCAUCUGCUAGUUCUGAUCAAAAGGAUGGAUCACAAGGUGGUGCUGCUGUUGAUCAAACAGGUAAGUUUAGUUCAAUGUCUGAGCAAAGGAUGAGCUCUCGCGGGGGUCUUAUGGAAAGGAUGGCAGCUAGAGCUGGAUUUAAUGCCCCAAGGUUGAAUACGGAAAGCAUCAGACCUCCUGACCUAUCACAGAACCUGGAGGUCCGGUCACCUUACUUAACAAUUCCUCCUGGUCUCAGCCCAACAACCUUGCUAGACUCUCCUGUCUUUUUAACUAACUCUCUGGUUCAGCCAUCUCCAACUACUGGAAAGCUUGGAUUUCUCAUGAGCGGCAGCAGCCGAAACGCAACAGUGACCGAGUUUCCUGAUAAGAGCAAAGAGAACUGUUUUCAGAAUGUGAACACUUCAUCCUUUGCAUUUAGGCCCAUUCUGGAGUCUGGUCCCCCUCUUUUCUUUGGUGCAUCCAACAGGAUAACCUCAACCAAUCUUCCUCAGCAACCUUUCCCGAGCAUUGAGGUUUCAGUACAGUCAGGAAACACACUUCCACCUCGAAGUGUCGAACAUGCUAAAUCUGCCGCAUUGAAUCAGCCAGCUGAUUUUUCUAGACCAUCUGCUGCAAAGGAUACUGUACACAAUGAUAUCUUGUCAGAACCAAGUUCCUUCCAAAAUGUAGGUGGUGGUUCAGAGCAUUCUCCACCUCUUGAUGAGCAGCAAGAAGAUGAUGCAGAUCAAAGGGGAGGUGGAGAUCAAAAUAUUAGUGGUGCCCCAGCUGAAGAUGGUUAUAAUUGGAGAAAAUAUGGCCAGAAACAAGUAAAAGGAAGUGAAUAUCCACGGAGUUAUUACAAGUGCACGCAUCCAAACUGCCCGGUCAAGAAAAAAGUGGAAAGAUCACAAGAGGGUCACAUUACAGAGAUCAUCUACAAGGGGGCACAUAACCAUCCAAAACCUCCGCCCAACCGCAGAUCUGCUCUUGGAUCCUCCAACACACUUAGUGACUUGCAGGUAGAGAAUAGUGAGCAAGUUGCAAUGGGUGCCGAUGGCAAUCCUGGAUGGACAACCAUGCAAAAAGGAAAUUUUGACUGGAGGCAUGACAAUCUUGAGGAGACAUCAUCUGCCGCAUUGGGUCCAGAAUAUGGCAACGGAACUACCUCUUUACAGGCUCAGAAUGGCAGCCAACUUGAAUCAGGAGAUGGAGUAGAUGGAUCUUCUACUUUUUCAAAUGAUGAAGAUGAUGAGGACCGUGGGACACAUGGCAGUGUUUCAUUAGGCUAUGAUGAAGGAGAUGAGUCAGAGUCCAAAAGAAGGAAAAUUGAGAGUUAUGCAACUGACAUGAGUGGGGCCACCAGAGCCAUCAGGGAGCCUAGGGUGGUUGUCCAAACCACCAGUGAGGUGGAUAUCCUCGACGAUGGGUACCGCUGGCGCAAGUAUGGGCAAAAAGUUGUGAAAGGAAACCCUAAUCCAAGGAGUUACUACAAAUGCACGAGUGCAGGAUGCACAGUCAGGAAACAUGUGGAGAGGGCCUCACACGACCUGAAAUCAGUUAUAACUACGUAUGAAGGGAAGCACAAUCAUGACGUUCCUGCAGCUCGAAACAGCAGUCAUGUUAAUUCUGGGAUUUCCGGCACCCUUCCUGCCCAAGCUGGUGCUGCUGUUCAAAGUCAUGUGCACAGGCCUGAGCCCUCACAACUUCAUAACUGCAUAGCACAAUUUGAAAGGCCUCCUCUUGGUUCAUUUGCCUUGCCUGGGAGGCCCCCUCUAGGGCCUACUCAUGGCUUUGGUUUUGGAAUGAACCAACAGGGAUUACCCAAUAUGACAUUGGCUGGAUUGGGUCCUCCUAAUCAAGGCAAAAUACCUGCUCUCCCAGUUCAUCCGUAUCUAGGGCAGCCACGUCCAAUGAAUGAAAUGGGUCGUAUGCUUCCCAAAGGAGAACCUAAGAUGGAGCCUAUGUCAGAUCCUGGAUUGAACCUCUCCAAUGGCUCAUCGGUUUAUCACAUGAGUAGGUUGCCCCUCGGACCAUAGAUGUACAUGUUAACGAGUUUUUUUGCUUACCUUCAGGAGAAAGGAAGUAGAAAUAUUGACCUUACAAGAAGUAACUUAUGGGGAGUUCUUUUUUUUUUUUUUGUUUUUUUUUCUGGUAUAUCAUAUAGCGCCGCGUCCUAUGUUCAUUCUUUUCAAUGUGGAAACUAUGUAUAUCUCAGCAUUACAGUAAAUUUGUUGGAUUUAUCACA